AUGAGCGUGAAUGUGCCGGCCUGCCUACCAGACUGGGCCCAGGAGGGGAAGUCGUGCCCUUAUGGAAGCAAGUCCGGUUUGCUCUUGGGCAACUGGACCUGGCCCGAUCAAGGCGUGACAUGGAUCCACUACAUUGGUGCAUUCUACUCGUUUAUGCCCAUGUUGGUGAUCUUCGGCAUUUUGAUCUAUGGCCUCUGGACUCGAGGCGUGAGGGAGCUCUUCGCCUUCAUCUUCCAAGGGCUCACAGUGGUGGUGAUGACUGCCAUGAAACUCAUCAUCAAGCAGCGUCGGCCGGUUGGCUCCUGCAGUGUGACUUGCGGGAUGCCUUCGGGACACACCGUUGCGACCAUUGGCACCUUCGUGUGGAUUGCACUGGAGGUCUGGGCGGCCAAGUGUAUGGAACCCAAGCAGAAAGCCUUAGUCCUUGGCGUUGCAGGCCCAAUGCCAACCGCUUCACCCUGCGGUGUCCCAGGUUUGCCCCUGAUUCCUGUUGGCUGGAGUCGGGUGCUUUUCCAUGACCAUUCCUGGGACCAGGUCUUAGUUGGCGCUGUGGUGGGAACCCUGCUGGCUGUCAUUUGGUAUGGAUUCUUGACGUCUCGUCUAGCUUGGUGGCUCAUCAAGUUGCUGAAAGCUUGGGUGCCCUUCGUGGAAGUGAACUAUCCCAUCGACGGUAUGACUGAAGAGGCUCCUUGGGCUCCACAAGCCCCACCGGCCGACUACGGCACACGGGAACUAAAAAGCCAAUGA